GAGGGUGAUCGGUUUAUCGAAGUAGCGGACCGUGUAGGUGCAGAGGAUAUUCCCCAUAGCACUGUUGUUGUUGUAGUUGCUGUCGCUGGCCGUUGUUGUUGUGCUGCUGCUGUGUUAUCGUGUAAAUUUGCGCAGUUCAGCCUGGAAAGAGAGAGAGCGGAAAAUCGUUGUUUUUGUAAAUCUCCCAACCCUACCAGCCUCCCGCCACUGUUGUUGUGAUUUUCGCCUCGCGUGUAACUAAAAAAAAGAAGUAAUAUAAUCAGUUGCACUAAUUUCUUCAAUCAACGGACAAGGCGAGCAUAACGAGUGAAACUAGCGAAAAUUGUUUGGCAGGCAGCAAAAAGUCAUUAACGAAAGGCAGGUCAAGAGAGAGAUUCAGAGGGAGAAAAAUGUGUGGGUGGAAUGGAAUAUGAGAGAGUGAGAGAGAGCCAGAGAUCAAGACAAAGUCUUUGUUUAAUUUAAUGUUAAUGUUUAAUGUUACUUGAAAAAAUUAAAAUUACAAAUCACCAUUGCUCUCUUGCUCUAGUCUCUGCAAUUGUUUAUCUCUCUCGCGGUUGCUCUCUCUUUCUCCCGCUCUGCCAAGUGAAUUAAAUGAAACGACGCGACUUGAAAAAGUUGGAGCCCAGCUUUAUUGUUGUGCUAUUUCGUUUCUGUCUCCCGUCGCGUUCGUUUGUGUUUGGCGCCGUGGCGCUCCAGAAAUAGCGGUGAAUCGUUACGCCUGUGCCUACUCCACCUUCGCCAGCUCCAGCUCCAGCUCCACCUCCAUCUCCUUCCACUUGUAACGCUCCCUUAAACGCUUAAAAACGGCGCCCACAACAACAAUGCCUUAUCAGCCAGCCAACAGCGGCGGGACGUCUGGCGGCAGCAAGGCGGCGGCCAAAAUGGCCCAGCUGAAGUUCUGGAACAAGCAGAACAGCAGCAAGCAGCAGCAGCAGGACAAGGACAAGGACGCCGCCGACGGGGGCAGCAACAUCAGUGGCGGUACCGGCAGCAACAGCAACGGCGAUGCCAAAAGCGAGGCGAAGAGCGGCAAGCGCAACUGGCUGCACACGCCGGAGCAGCUCAUCAGCGGACACGCGGUCUAUCUAGUCAAGUUCUUUGGUAACCUGAGCGUGGACCAGCCCAAGGGCAUUGAGGUGGUCAAGGAGGCCAUUCGGAAGCUGCAGUUCGCCCAGCAGAUGAAGAAGGCGGAAACGGGCACCCAGGAGAAGUUCAAGAAGCUGGAGAUCACCAUUAGCAUCAAGGGCGUGGCCAUCCAGGAGCCGCGCACCCACAAGAUCCUGCACCAGUUUCCGCUGUACAACAUCUCGUAUUGUGCGGACGAGAAGGGUGUGAAGAAAUUCUUCAGUUUUAUUGCCAAGUCGUCGAAGACGCGCGACGGCAGCGAUCCGGCGACAAAUGGCCAUGCGAACGGAAAUGGCGAUGGCAGUGCCAAAGCGGAGGAGAGCCACGAGUGCUUUGUCUUUAUUUCGAACAAAUUGGCCUCGGAUAUCACGCUGACAAUUGGUCAGGCCUUCGAUUUGGCUUACAGGAAAUACAUGGAAGGCACUGAGAAGACGAAUCUGAGCAAGGCGCAGCAGCAGAUUAAUCAUUUGCAGCAAACUGUGAACGCUUACAAGGAGCGACUGCGCGAAAUAUCCGCCAAAUUGCCAAAGGCCGAGCUGGAUGCCCUGCUCUUCAAUAUGGGCAUCAAGGACGUUCUGGAAGCGCCCGUCACAGAGUUGCCGAAUGGUAUCGAGGUGGCUACCGAAGCCCUGAGCAACGGCAAGCUGGACGAUGACAAGCUGCUGAUUGACACCAAUUCCACCACGGCAUCGACCCACUCGGCGUCGCCCAGCUCCUUCUUGCCCAUAGUCCCGCCGCGGAACAAUCUGUCCAGCCAGAUUAGCAUCGGCGGCAAGAGCAACAGCCAGAAGAUGGACGAGCUGUUGCUCAACUCCGAUUCCGACAGUGAUUUCGAUCCGCGAGCGGACGAAAUUCAGGACAACGUGAGCAAUGGCCGGAAUGCUAUUAGCAACGAUCUGUUUGGCUUUGAGCCGGCCAAGAGCUUUGGCCAGCAGCUGUUUGUUAACAACAACGAUCACAAGCUGCAGAAUAACAACACGAACAGCAGCUUACUGAUCACUAGCAAUAAUAACAGCAUCAACAGCAGUGGCUUCUCCAGCGAGCUGAACAUUACGCCGCCAUUGUUGGCGCCGCCGCCAAAGAUUGCUGCGCCCAGGCGCCUUAACUCGGUGACAACGGGCAACGGCCUGAAUGGCAACACAGACCUUUUCGGUUCAGAUCCCUUUGAAAUGAACAAUGGACCAAUCAUUUUCAAGCAAAAUCAACUGAACCUUGAUGACUUCUCGCUGGAGAGUUUGGAUCCCCUGCGCAAGUAGAGCGGUGCUACCAAGGCCAUUUUCACUUUUCAACUUGAUUGGAACUUUUGGACAUCCUUUUGCGGUGUCCCUUAGUUUAUCCUUCUACGUUUCUCCGUUUCGCAUGCAUUCCAAUCCAAUUGCAAUUUGAUUUAUUUAAUGUGUAUUAUUGUUUAUAUAUUGUAUUGUAUUUAUUAUCAUUGAUUUUUGUCGAUUUUAUAUUGCAUAUUAUGAUUUCUACUAUUAUUAUUAUAAUUAUAAAUACGAUUAUUAUCUGAGAUGGAGAUCAAAAGAACACAACAACAACCAAUCGCAAUGCACUUUGUUUAAACGUAUCAAUUUGUUGCUGUAGUUAAAUAGAUUAAUUGAUUGUCGAGAAAAGCGAAAGAAAACUGUUAACAAGUGAUAAUGUGAAAAAAUGCUAAGCAAUGCUAACUAACUGAAUGUGAGAAAUUUGUAUAAAAUAAUUAUAAAGAUAUAACCGCAAGCAAAUGAUGAAUCGAUUAUUGUAUAGAGCCGGAAUACGAGGAGAAUGAAAGCAAAAUGAACAAUAUUUAAUGUUAUCGAUGCAAUAUAGAGAAAUAUUAUUAUUACUAUUAUUAUUGUGUAUGUAAAGAAUAAAAUGUAGUGCCUAAAAGAAAA